AUGGAAGAACGAAAUUGGGAGGAUUUAGACGCUGAUUGUCUGGCUAAUGUGCUGGGAAGGGUUGGCCUAGACUCUUUGCUGUUUGAUAUACCUUUUGUGUGCAAAUCUUGGUACAAAUUCACCCUUAAUCCUUUUUGCUGGGAUACUAUUGUUUUUCCAAGCAAUUACAAUGAUGGUGAUGUCCAAAAACGAUUCAUGAAAGAAUACAGAGUCAAGAAAUUUUCUCUUGACGCAUUCGUAAAAUUCAUAGUUGAUCGUAGCCUUGGCAAGUGUACUGCGCUUUAUCUUCAUCACCUGUACUUCGUCAAAGAGGAGACCAUAAACUACGUUGUCGACAAGUGUCCUUCUUUGAGAAGAUUGUCACUGCCUCGUUGUCAAUCUGGUGACGGAGGGUUCAAUGCAGAACUGAUAAGGAAGUUGAAACAUCUGGAGGAGUUGACACUUCGAGAUUCUGCUAAUUUGAUAGAUAUAACACGUGAAAUCAACAUUAACUGCACAAACUUCACUCUAUUGGCUAUUUCUCACGGCGGGGCUUGCAUUAAGGAAGAAGAGGCAUCAGCUAUUGUCAACAACCUUCCAAAGAUUAAGUACCUGAAGCUGUCAAAGGGAUUCAUUGAGCAGAAGAGUUUAGUAAUGAUAUUGAAAGGAUGCAAAAAUCUUGUUCAUUUGGAUGUGAGCAAUUGCUUAGGCUUCAACCCUGAUGAUAAAAUACUAGCACUGGCUUCGCAUAUUGGUGAAUUCAAUUAUAAGGGGUCAGUUUCUGAUGCCAAUUUAAGUGCUGAUUAUUGGGCAUUCUCAAAUGAAUGGAAGGAUGGAGUGAGACAGAGACAGAGACAGAGAGAGAGGCAAGUAACUCCUUUCAUCCAUAGUAGUAGACGAAGAAAUUCUAGUAGUAAUUUACUUGAUUAG